AGGGGAUUGAGAAGACUGAUCUGUAUUUAGCGUUGAGUUUAUAGAAUUCCACCUAUCAUCAUACAAUUUCUACCAAGAGUGUUUGCUGCGUGCCUUGUGUUCUCUUGGCUCAGCGUGCAGCCUCCCGUUCCGGAACAAGAUCCGGAGAGGUUGCCUCCGCCUGAUUUACCCAACCCACUAGGCUCGCGUAUCCGAAAUGGGCCAUGAUACGAUCCGAGAAACCUGGAUUGAUAGAUUGGGCCGCAGAGACGCAACCUCGCCAUUUGCCAACCUGCACCAAUGUCCAGGUUUCCCGGGAUGGCGGGAUGGCGGGUGGUAGAGCGGCCGUUGUCUUGCAUCACAUACCCCAGAUAUUUAAUCUACAUGUGCCCACCGCCUUCAUCGACCACCUCUGGGGCGUUUCGGACAGCGCAUACCGGCAGGACUUGAUAGUGUGGAAUAACAGCUUUACUUCUCUCCCUCUUCGCAGAUAGCACAAUGAAGUUCAGUAUAGCCUCAGCCGCCGCCGCCAUCAGCGCGGUCUCCGCCCAUACCAUCUUCGUGCAGCUUGAGUCGAAUGGCGUCAUGAAUGCAGUAUCGUACGGAAUUAGGACGCCCACAUAUGAUGGCCCGAUCACAGAUGUGUCGUCGAACGAUUUGGCGUGCAAUGGUGGCCCCAACCCUACAACGCCCUCGAACAAGAUCAUCGAUGUGAAAGCCGGAUCUACUGUCAAUGCGAUAUGGCGGCAUACCUUAACAUCUGGUGCUAGCGACGUGAUGGAUCCCUCUCAUCUUGGGCCGACGAUGGCGUACCUCAAGAAGGUGGCAGACGCUACGAGCGAUACAGGGCACGGAAAUGGAUGGUUCAAAAUCCAAGAAGAUGGGUAUAGCAAUGGCGCCUGGGGAACGUCCAAGGUCAUAAACAACGCUGGCAAACAUGCCAUUAAGAUCCCCGACUGCCUUGCCGACGGCCAGUAUCUCCUCCGCGCCGAAAUGAUCGCUCUACACGGCGCAUCCUCAUCACAGGGGGCUCAACUUUACAUGGAAUGUGCACAGAUCAACAUCUCAGGUGGUACAGCUAAGGUGUCACCAGCAACUUACAGCAUCCCGGGCAUUUACAAGGCAAACGAUCCUGGCUUGUUGGUCAACAUCUAUCAAAUGACAUCGUCGAGCAAAUACACUAUUCCAGGCCCUAAUGUCUUCACUUGCAAUGGGGAUUCCGGGUCCAGCCCGGCCACGACGACCAAGGCCGGCUCAACAACCACGCUCGUGACAUCGACUAAGACUGCUGGGUCGGGCUCUUCUCCCACAUGCUCUGUUUCACAAUGGGCGCAAUGCGGCGGAUCCGGGUUCACUGGGUGCACCUCUUGCGCCAGCCCAUAUACGUGCAAAAAGCAGAAUGAUUAUUACUCUCAGUGUGGUUAAGAUAAAGUAGGUGAGAGGCGGUGUAAGGUGCCAAGCGUGAAGUUAUCGCGAUGAGGUUACACGAUGAACACAGAUGAUUUUAAAGACAGAAGUCUAAGCCGAGGCACUCAAUCACGUCGAGGCGUAAUCCGUGGUAAUGACUGUUUUGGGGUACUUGAGUAAAUAGAAUGCUUUGAGAACUGUAACGAACAAUAUAUAUAACUAGGUAUACAUAUAUAUAAGUUUGA